AUGCCGCCCCCAGUCCGCGCGCGUCCGAUCAAGAAAGACGACUUCGAGGCAGCAUUUAAGAAACUCAAGACGUCCGUCUAUCAAGACAGCACGCGCCCGGCCGCCGUCUCCUCGUCGCACUACAUCCGCUCGAUAUCGUGGAACGCCUCUGGAACUUUUAUCGCCACGGGGGCUGCAGACAAAACGUUGCGCAUAUGGAAUCCCGAGAAGACCAACGUUAAGAACUCGACCGAGCUCCGUACGCCCAACGCGCCUCCCUUGACCAACCUCGAACGCGUAUCUUUCCACCCCAUCAAUGAGAAUGAGCUUGCAAGCUGUGGUACCGAUGGUAUGGUCAGGUUCUGGGACAUUCGCUCCAAGGCCAGUGUGGGUGAAGUCAAGGUCGGCGAGCAGCCCUUUACUCUGGCAUGGACACCAGACGGCAACGAGAUCGUCGUAGGAAGAAAGGAUAACCUCCUCGUCAAUGUCGAUAGAGCAGCCCUCAGUAUCAUCUCCGAGCACCGUCAGCCCCUCCAGACCAACCAGUGUGUCUUUGAUUGGUCUGGUAACCACCUUUACUCGACAGCUGGUGAUGGAAGCGUUAGAUUACUACGCUAUCCGUCGUUCGAAAACGCUCUCACACUGAACGCCCAUACUUCUGCAUGCUAUGCUGUCUCCAUGUCGCCCAGCGGCGAAUACCUGGCAGCUGGUGGAGGAGAUGCGUUGGUUUCACUUUGGGAUACACAGGAAUGGAUUUGCGUGAGAACUUUGGAGUUGACAGGAGGCCUCGUUAAGAGUGUGGACUUCUCGUUUGAUGGCAGCUACAUCACCGCUGGCUCCGACGAUAAGGAAGAAAAGAAGAUUCGCAUCGCACAUGUGGAAUCGGGCGAAACCGUAUACACCAUCGAUGUUCCCACACCCGCAGCGCAUGUAGCAUGGCACCCAUGCCGAUAUAUACUGGCCUAUUCAGCUGACAACCUAGGCCUCAAGAUUCUGCCGUUUUCUACAACACCUAUACAACCGAACAGUCUAUUCUCCGCCAAGGGGCUGGUAGUAGUCAUUACUGGCGGAGGUACUGGUCUCGGUCUCGCCAUAGCCUCAGCCCUCUACCAAAACGGCGCCGAAAAAAUCUACAUCCUCGGCCGCCGACAAGACGUCCUCCGCACCGCCAUCUCCAAACUCCAAUCCGACAAUGUAGCAUACAAACCCGCCAGCACCUCCGUCCUCAAUGAUAUCGUCUGCGAUGUCACCGACCUCGCCUCCGUCAAAGCCGCCGCCGAGCACAUCAAGAAAGACAUCGGCUACGUCGACGUGCUAAUCAACAACGCCGGCGUCCUCGGCCCCAGAAACGGGCAGGACAUCUACAAAGCAUCUUCGAUCCACGAACUCGCCGACGCAAUGACUUCGGACUACGACGGCUGGUCCUCCGCUAUGGCAAUAAACACGCAAUCCGUCAUCGGCGUCUCCGCGACUUUUCUUCCUCUGCUCGAAGCAGCGAAUACGCGUCGUGGAUGGGCGCCGGGCAAAGUCACUGGCGCGGGGAAUCCGCGUGCUCGCGACACGAAGAAGUUGGCGGAUGCUGGUGUCGAUGCUGAUGACGACCGACUGGCACAUAUCAUCACUGUUGCCUCCGUGGCUUCGUACAUGCGCUGGGUAUCCGCGGGUCUCGCGUACAACGCUAGUAAAUCUGCUGCUGCGCAUCUGGGUAAGAUGAUGGCGACGUUUCUGGCGGAAUGGGGGGUCAGAAGCAAUAUUGUUUGUCCUGGGCCGUACCCGAGUGAUAUGACGGCGGAUAUUAAGCCUGUGUAUGGGACGAGCCAGGUGCCGCAGGGGAGGAUGGGCGGGUUGAAUGAUAUUAGUGGGUUGAUGCUGUUUUUGGUGGGGAAGGGGGGUGCGUAUGUUAAUGGGACUGCGCAGUUGACGGAUGGGGGGAGGGUGGGAGUGUUUCCUGCUACGUAUUAG